GUUAGGCCUUAAUAAGCCUUUCAGUCCGAGAGUAAUCCCUUAUCAAAGCUAUUAUGCUACAUGUACAUAAAGAAACUAUCUCGCAACUCCCUUUCUUUUAUCCAAACCCCCUUACAGACGAGACAAACUAUGAAGGAGAUGCCUCAUCAUUCUGUUUGGACGAAAGCAGAAGCUACCUCAUGCGUGGAUGGGAUCAUACCUAUCACAACAUCUAAUAAUACGAAAACAUAAAAUGUAUUCGAGUAAGGACCUACCUGGUAACAAUUUCUGUUGGUUACAUUAUCAUCUACUAAGGUAUGCUUUCCACGAAAAUCAUAUAUUGGCCAAUAGGGGUUCAGAGGGGAAUAGUAAGCUGCUGCAUGUAAUGUGGUCUGUGAGCCUCAGAAUCAUGACCUCGAUGGACGUGUUGGUCGAGGACACGCAAGCUAAGCAUGGAAUAAAAAAGGCAUGGAUCAGCUCUCUGAGGUUAUUGUAUCUGCCCCUUUACAUAUACCAACCUGGUACCUAAACCAGGUCUGCAUGAUCUGUUCCACUUUCGCCUUCUCGUCUUGCAUUCCAGAGAUGGUGCUUAUUCAUAUCGGAAGGAUCGGGUCUUGGAGACUACUCACAAAGGUAAAUGCAGUCUUUGUGCACACUUUCCUUCGUUCUCACUAUCUCAUUUUCCCGAUGCUGCUUGGGCCAGAGCCACCCAGCGCCGGUUGUUGACCUUGGUUAUGCUCGGUAUCAAGGAUACUACAAUACCAGUUAUGACUUAAAUGUCUACAAUGGGAUUAGAUAUGCCGCCGCCCCUAUUGGCAAGCUGAGGUGGCAGUUGCCACGACUACCAGCCCAGAAUCGAAGCCAAGUGUUUCCUGCCAUCGAACCUGGAUCACAAUGCCCUCAAUCAGCUUUUGGACCGGGCCCUCGGAUAAUCCCCCCUCAGGGGUCUGAGGAUUGUCUAUUUCUAAAUGUUUUCGCACCUGCCAAUAAGACAAAGCUACCUGUUAUGGUUUUCAUCCACGGCGGUGGGUAUGGUUCAGGAAAUGCUGGCUUCGACCUUGUGCCACAGAUUCUCACAAAUGGGAACAAGUACAUCACUGUGGCGAUCCAGUAUCGCCUAGGUGCCUUCGGGUUUCUGUCCUCAGCCGACGUGGCCAAGUCGGGAGUGCUCAACGCUGGAAUUCACGAUCAGUACUUUGCAUUGCAAUGGGUCCAGAAAUACAUCCACCUCUUUGGCGGGGAUCCUAAGCAAGUGACUAUUGGAGGUGUAUCUGCUGGUGGUGGCAGUGUCAUGCUUUUAGGAAUGGCCAACGGAGGUGUGGAUAAUACCACUCUGUUUAAUGGCCUCUUCGUUUCCAGUCCUUAUUUACCCACGCAAUGGAAGUAUGAUGGAGAGUGGCCAAGGAAGUACUAUCAUAGUUUUGCGGAGAACGUAGGGUGUCAUACAGAUGAGUUGAAAGCUAAUAACUCGGUUUUCGAGUGCUUGAUCGCAGCAGAUACGGAUGUCCUUCAAAACGCUAGCAACUUUGUGAGCACAUCAGCAUUGUAUGGCCAAUGGGCCUUUAUCCCCGUCACGGAUGGGAAGUUUAUCAAGGAGAGGCCUACGACUCAGCUCCUAAAGGGCGGGAAGCUCAAUGGUGUUCGGAUCCUAUCGACGCAUAACCGCAACGAGGCUCCGGACUUCACCCCACAAGGUUUAACGACCGAAGAAAAUUUCGUAGGUUUUGUUUCAGAAAACUACCCGAUGUUGAGUGAAGAGAACAUCACCAGUAUACUCGAUCUAUAUUAUAUCCCGGCCAAUGCCUCCAAUAUAUUAGUUGCCUCCAACGGUGAGAAUCCGCCAUACUCAACGACCAAUUCCGAGUGGGCCUAUGGAUGGCAACAAGCGGCAACUAACCUUUAUGCGGAAACAACGUUCAUCUGCCCUUCGUACUGGCUCGCGGAUGGGUACGCAAAUAAGGAGCAUGGGAAGGCUUGGACCUACCAAUUCUCCGUCCCGCCAGCACAGCACGGGUACAAUAUGUAUCCCUUGUUUGCGCCGACAGAUGGCGCAGGCACCGGUAUGGACACGGUGUUCCGAACGGCCCUGCAGUACAUGUUUGGCAAUUUUGUACUAAGAGGCGACCCAACUCUCGAUCAGGCACAGAUAAGCGCUCUGGAUGGGAACGGGGGUAAUAUCACAGCGGCAGGUGCUGGUGUAUGGCCCCAGUGGCAAGCAACGGCAGGUUCCAAUUGGAUGCUCAAUCUGAACAUGACAGGUGGUAUACCAGUCAAUAACACCUAUGUUCAAGAUGGAGUGACCCUUGAAGUUGUCAGCUACAUGCCUAGCAACAAUAUCUCUUCUACAGCUUUGGAAGCAGAUUUCCAACUUGUCGAGGGAUAUUCUUGGGAGGGCGGACGAGGGAAACGGUGCCAGUUGUGGGCUGAUCUUGCGCCGUGGACUUUGGAGUGAUAUAAAUUGAGUGGCUAAGGCUGGUGGGAGUGGAUAAAUGUAUAAGUCUGUUAAAAACUGGGAUUGGUGGGAUUGGUGGGAUCAGUUCUGGAUAUAAAGACAGGAUAGAAACAUAAAUAAAUAAAAGACCAACAGUAGCACGUAUGUAACUGGGAGA